UACUACAAUCUCAAAAAUUGAUUACCGCCCUAACUCACAGCAGUGUGUGUUGAUCAGUAAUGGCGGAGAAACCCCUACCAGUUCAGGUUCUCUACUGCGGCGUAUGCAGCUUGCCCGCUGAGUUCUGCGAAUUCGGACCCGAUUUUCAGAAAUGCAAGCCCUGGUUGAUCCAGAACGCCCCCCAACUUUAUCCGGAUCUCAUUAAAGAUGCUGGUGAGAAGGACGGAUUAUCUGAUCAGCUUCAGUCUACUUCUAUUUCCGAUGCAGGUUCUUUAAAACCCAAGGAAGAAGUCAAACGUCUGCCUGGUGGGAAGAUUAAAAAGAAGGAUAAACAAGAAGUUAUUAUUGAAAAGAUGACCCGUAACAAACGAAAAUGCAUAACUACAGUUAAAGGCCUAGAGCUUUUUGGUGUUAAACUAAAUGAUGCAUCAAAGAAGCUUGGCAAAAAAUUUGCCACUGGAGCUUCUGUAGUUAAGGGCCCUACUGAGAAGGAGCAAAUUGAUGUUCAAGGAGAUAUAUCCUAUGACUUAGUGGAGUUCAUAAUAGACACCUGGCCAGAUGUCCCAGAGACUGCAAUUUUCUUUAUUGAGGAUGGGAAAAAGGUGGCUGCCGCAUAGAUGCGAAAAGGCUAAAGAAAGGAGAUAUUGAAGAGAUGUGGCAAAAACAGACUUUGCCUUGUAGUUGACGAUUGCAUUGAACAAGUUUUUUUGCUUGUAUAGAGGUAGAACAAACUUUGCCUUUUUAUUUCUGUAUACACAUUCACUAAUCCAAUUGUACUUUGCUUAUUUAUUACGAACGACUAACUCUCAUAAUUAAAUCAAUUAAGGAAUCAAACUUUCAUUUAAA